CCUAACAGCUGAUACUAGCCGAUUGUUAUAACAAAACCAAUGUGAAUUUGUAGACGGACGGAUGCGGAUGUUGAUUAUUGUACGAGCUACUGUGCGCUUAGAAUACGUUGUUGUAAGGAAAUAUAAAGCUGUUUCGUAACUGAAAACGCAAACAAGUGUUGAUAACAAACAUCUGCUGUGCUAGAAGACGAUUGACAAAAUGGUUUUAUGCAAGGAAUAUCGGAUUUGUAUGCCGCUAACAGUGGAAGAGUACCGGAUUGGUCAGUUGUAUAUGAUUGCAAGGCACAGCUUGGAACAAUCUGGCGAAGGUGAAGGCGUUGAAGUUGUAGAGAGUUAUGAAUGUGAUGACCCCGUGCAUGGUAAGGGACAAUAUACAGAGAAACGCAUACAUUUGUCAAGUCGCUUACCAUAUUGGAUACAAGCCGUGUGCCCGCGUGUAUUUUAUGUAACAGAAAAGUCCUGGAAUUACUAUCCUUUCACAAUUACAGAAUAUACCUGUUCCUUCGUGCCCAAAUUGAAUAUAUCAAUCAAAACUAAGUAUGAAAAUAACAAUGGCUCCUCGGAAAAUUGCCUUGACCUCACCGAAGAGGAAUUACAAACCCGCCUACUCGAGGACGUUGAUAUUGCGUUCGAUGAAUUAUCCAAUCAGAAUCACUAUAAAAAAGAAGAAGAUCCGAAAUUCUUCAAAUCCGAGAAAACAGGUCGCGGUCCACUCAUUGAAGGCUGGCGCAGCACUGAUGAGCCCAUUAUGUGUUCCUAUAAAGUGGUGAAUGCUUCCUUUGAAGUUUGGGGCUUACAAACAAAAGUCGAGGAUUUCAUACAGCGUAGCAUACGUGACGUCCUACUGCUAGGACAUAGACAAGCAUUCACGUGGAUUGACGAAUGGUAUGGCAUGACGUUGGAAGAUGUGCGCGCAUUCGAAAGACAAAAGCAAGCUGAGACAAAUGAAAAGUUAAAAGGCGCCGGCGAUCAUUGAGCAGCUUUCAUAGAUAUAUAAAGCAAAAUUGGUUUAGUUAACUAGGCAAAUGCUAAGAAAAAAAAA